AUGGGCCUCUUCUCUCGCAAGUCAAAGGCCGCCAAAGCCAAUUCCUCGUCAAUCACAAUCUCUCAGUCUUCGGCCAGCCUCAACUCGUCCAACUCCAAACUGGUUGGAACCCGCACCUCUGCCGGCACCAUCUCCCCCAGAACGCCCCUGUCCCCCAUGUCGCCCGUCAAGCUGCCCAAGGUCGACCUGCCGCGGCCCCCAGACCCCCAGCUCGACCCGACCGGCUACCUCCGGAGCUUGGGCGCCGUCAGGGACAGGAGCAGGCUUGUCAUGGACAAGCUGCUCGCCAACCAGCUCCAUCACUUCGACGUCGACCUGACCAAGCUUGCCGAUGUCGUCACCUUUGUCUCGGGCUUGAUAAAGCGCGAUUAUCCCGCCCCCUUCAACUCCAUCCCCGGCCAUGGCCGAUACCAGCAUUUCUGCGUCGGCGGCAAGGAUCGCAUCGUCGACUUGCUGGCCACGUGGCCCGACAGCGUCGACAACACCGAGAGGUGCCGCCGUCUCAUCGACCUCUUCCUCGUCAGCGUCCUGCUCGACGCCGGCGCCGGGACCCAGUGGAGCUACAAGAGUGUCAAGGAUGGCCGCACCUACCGACGCUCCGAGGGCCUGGCCGUUGCCAGCUUGGAGAUGUUUGAGGCGGGCGUCUUCUCCGGCAAUCCCGACAACAAGGCCCAGGUUGACAAGUCUCGCCAAGGCAACAAGCUCGCCGGCCUUGACGGUCGCACCGCGCUCCUCAUCAGGCUAGCCCGUGCUCUUAACGAGAAGAGAGAUUUCUUUGGCGCCGACGGCCGCCCCGGCAACAUGAUAGACCACCUCUUGUCGCACCCGUCAACGCUGGCAUCAUCCAUGCUGGUUGUUCCUCUGCCGGUGCUGUGGAACGUUCUCAUGAACGGCCUGGCCUUGUCGGGCUCUGACGGCGCCCGCUGGGAAUCCAUCUUGCCCUUCCACAAGCUGACCCAGUGGCUCACCUUUUCGCUCAUGCAGCCCAUGCAAUCUCUGCUCAACAUGCAUUUCGCUGGGACCGAGCUGCUCACCGGCCUACCCGAAUAUCGCAACGGCGGCCUGUUCGUGGACAUGGGCGUCUUGACAUUGAAAGCCGACGAUAACGAGCGCGGUCUGCAAAACUACAGCGAAUACUGCCUACGAACGGGCACCAAGCAAGUUGAGGUGGCACCCAUGUUUGAGCCUGGCGAUGACGUUGUGGUUGAAUGGCGCGGGGCUACGGUUGGGCUGUUGGACAAGCUGUGUGAGGAAGUGAACAAGUCCCUCAAGGCUGAGCUGGCCGGCAACGAGUUGACGCUGCCCCAGCUCCUCGAGGCUGGCAGUUGGAAGGGUGGGCGCGAGCUUGCCGAGAUACAUCGGCCAAACACUAAGGAACCCCCAAUCCUGAUUGAGAGUGACGGGACUGUUUUCUAA